UUACCUGUUUAUUGACCAGUCCGGUUUUCGCAACCUUGAUUAUUUGUUUAGUCCUUAAAAAAUAUCACUGAAAAAGAUAUUUUAACAAACAAGAAAAGAAAAAAUAUUUUCAAAUAUUUGUGUUUUAAAAUAAAAAAAUAUAAUUAAAAAAACUAGAUGUUUUCUUCAAAAACCCUACAAGAACCCUAAUACCACAGCAUGAGUUGCAAAACACCAUAACUGACACGACAAGGGUGCUUUCUCUUCUUUCUCCUACUCUCUCAAUCGGCUUUCUCACCGGUAGCAUGAAUUCCGGCGGCGGAGCAUAGUCCAUCGGUGACUUAACAGCACUUAUAGUUUCAGCAAUGUCGUCAUCAUCCGAAGAUGAGUCAAUGUCCGAGAUGGAAGAACAAGAGAAUCAGAAUAAAGAAAUGAAGCAUGAAAAUGGAGUGCUUGAUUACAUAAUGAGCUUGGAAAGUGUGCCAACAAAUCUCCCUCCACAUCUUGAGCUUCUCAUGACCCGGGUCCUCUGCAACAACGAUGCUCCUCAGCAUACAGAUACCAUACAGUAUUCUGGUGCUUAUGCAGCAUUAGGUGUUGAUAAUAGCUUGCGGUUAGAUAAUUUCAAUCAAAACUUCAAAGUUGAAGUGAAGCGGCUCACAGAUGAUGACAUAGAGUUUGAUAUGAUUGGUAUUGAUCCUUCACUUGCCAAUGCAUUUCGAAGAAUCCUUAUAUCAGAGGUACCAACAAUGGCUAUUGAAAGAGUUUACAUUGCAAACAAUACAUCACUUAUACAAGAUGAAGUUCUAUCCCAUAGAUUAGGCCUCAUACCAAUCAGUGCUGAUCCCAGGCUAUUUGAAUAUCCAGAUAAUGCUGGGGAUAAUAGGAAUGAAAAGAAUACCAUUGUCUUCAAACUACAUGUUGCUUGCCAUAAAGGACAGCCACGUAUGACCGUGAGAUCAGAUCAACUAAAGUGGUUACCUAAUGGGAGUGAGCUUAUAGCUGAAGAUGCCAAACUAAGUGCAAGUUCAAAACCGAAGACAUUUACAUCUUUUACUUGCAGUCAAGAAUCGAUUCCCGAAAUUUCGAGCAAUCCAAUUGGUCCCAAAUAUUUGGAUAUUAUAUUAGCUAAACUUGGACCUGGUCAGGAAAUUGAACUUGAAGCUCAUGCAGUUAAAGGUGUUGGUAGAACACAUGCAAAAUGGUCACCAGUUUCCACUGCUUGGUAUCGGAUGCUUCCGGAGGUUGUCCUCUUGGAGAACAUUGAGGAUGAUCUGGCCGUCAAACUACAAGAAAAAUGUCCAGUUGGAUUAUUUGACAUUGAAGAUAUUGGGGAAGGCAAAAAAAGGGCCACGGUAGCCAGACCACGAGAUUGCACUCUGUGUAAGGAAUGCAUUAGAGAGGGAAAAGAAUGGGAAGAUCGUAUAUCGUUACGUCGUGUUAAAGAUCACUUCAUUUUUACUAUUGAAUCAACUGGAGCAUUGCCCCCUGAAGUGCUAUUCACUGAAGCUGUGAAGAUUCUGGAAGACAAGUGUGAACGAGUAAUUACUGAGUUCUCUUGAUUUUCUGUGUGGUAUCUUGCAACGAAAGUAAUGGUGAAAAUGUAGUAGUGCAUGAUUACACAUGGUUUGUAUUGUUAUUAUCUUUAUCUAAUCCUCUAAGAAUAUAUUUUUUUUCUUUUGAUAUAAAAGCUCUCUUUUCUUGUAGUGAA